CUCAUGUCUGCUCUGGCAGCUGUGGGUCCACCUAACCCGCAGGAGGACCCUGAGUGUUGCAGCGUCCUGCACGGGUUGCUGGCAGCGGUGGAGUCACUGUGUAAAAUCACAGAGUACCAGCACGAGGCGCGCACCACCCUCAUGGACACGGCCGACAGGGUGGCCAACAGGGGGCGCAUUAUCUGCCUCACAAACGCCAAGAGUGACACCCAUGUGCGAAUGCUGGAGGACUGUGUGCAAGAGACCAUUCUAGACCAAAACAAGAUGGCAGCAGGCUCAGACAGACUGAUGCCCAUCCAGCAGUGUGAGCUGGUGCUCGUCCACAUCUUCCCUCAGGUUGGGGACACCCUGGUCUCGGACCGGCCAAAGAAAGAGGUCUCCUCUCUGCUGACCAGCGAGGUUCACAGUGUGCGGGCAGGGAGGCACCUGGCCACCAAACUCAACAUUCUAGUGCAGCAACACUUUGACCUUGCCUCCACCACCAUCACCAACAUCCCAAUGAAGGAGGAGCAGCACGCCAACACGUCGGCCAAUUACGACGUAGAGCUCCUGCAUCACAGGGAUGCCCAUCUUGAGUUCUUCAAAAGUGGCGACCUGCACAUGGCUGGCAGUACGAGUCGAGACAGUGGACUUAAGGAGACGGUGACUCUUAAGUGGUGCACUCCUCGCACCAACAGUGUAGAACUUCACUACUGCACUGGAGCCUAUCGGAUCUCGCCUACGGACGUCAACAGCCGACCCUCAUCCUGUUUGACCAACUUCUUGCUGAACGGUCGCUCAGUGCUGCUGGAGCAGCCCAGGAAGUCCGGGUCAAAGGUUAUCAGCCACAUGCUGAGCAGCCACGGCGGGGAGAUCUUCCUGCACGUGCUCAAUAGCACCCGCUCCACCCUGGAGGACCCUCCCUCCAUCAGCGAGGGCUGCGGGGGGCGGGUGACUGACUACCGCAUCACUGACUUUGGCGAGUUCAUGAGGGAGAACCGUCUGACUCCUGUCCCAGAGUCCCCAGACACUGAGGCUAGUGGGAAGCCCCCGGCGGAGAGGGCCAAAGCCCAGCUGGAGCGCUACACUCGCUAUUGGCCAAUGAUCAUCUCCCAGACAACCAUCUUCAACAUGCAGGCGGUGGUUCCGCUGGCUAACCUCAUAGUGAAGGAGAGUCUGAGUGAGGAGGACUUGCUGACCUGCCAGAAGACAGUUUACAACCUGGUGGAUAUGGAGAGGAAGAAUGACCCUCUUCCCAUCUCCACUGUGGGCUCCAGGGGCAAGGGCCCUAAAAGGGAUGAGCAGUACCGUAUCAUGUGGAACGAGCUGGAGACUCUGGUGAAGACCCACGUGGCGGGCAGCGAGCGACACCAAAGGGUUCUGGACUGCAUCAGCGCCUGCCGCAGCAAACCCCCCGAGGAGGAGGAGAGGAAGAAACGGGGGAGGAAGAGGGAGGACAAGGAGGACAAGGCAGAGAAGAACAGCAACAAGGAUUCAGAGGACAAGAGCUGGCAGGAGUCAGAGAGGCUGAAGGGGGCGCUAGAGCGUGGAAAGGAGGAGCAGGGGGAGUCGGAGGUCAUUAAGGAUUCGCCUGACUCACCAGAGCCUCUCAACAAGAAGCCCCGUCUGGAAGAGAUCCAGCUACCUGAAAAAGCCAAAGGUCCGGUGUCCCUGCUCACCAUGUGGACGAACAGAAUCACUGUGGCCAACUCCAGGAAACACCAGGAGUUUGCCGGAAGGAUCAGCUCUGUGAACAACAAGGCAGAGUUAUACCAGCACCUUAAAGAUGAGAAUGGAAUGGACCUCCAGGAGAAUGGGAAAGGCACCAGAUGAUGUGACCUGUCCCUAUACAGGAUGCACCCACUCCACCGAACACCUUACCACAGCAGGAACAUGAGCUUGGACCAGAGAUCAUGUAAAUCUGAGGUGUAUGGACUGUCCUCCCCUGCUAUGUCCAUACCAAGCAUAGAAAAAUGGAUAGCAGUCAGACUUUGGAUUUUUAGGAGUGAUUUUUGUUUGUUUUCUACCCACGUUUGUAUGGAUAGGCUCACAUAUUGUGUGAAGCAAUAAAGUUGUCAACAGGCAGUGUUCA